AUGGUCAAGUCAGUCAAUCUCGCCAUAAUCGGUACUGGUGUUGUCGGUUCAGCUUUCUUAAACCAAUUGAAAGCCCUAAAAUCACAAAUCUCAUAUAAUGUCAUCUUGAUCGCAAGAUCUGCUGGUUCAUUAAUCUCAAAAGAUUAUUCUCCAAUUGAUAUCACAAACUGGGAAGCCACUGUUGAAAAGGCCACUGAUUCAAACUUAUCAACUGAAGCUUUGUUAGACUUUUUGAAAAAAUCACCAUUACCAGCUAUUUUGGUUGAUAACACUUCAAAUGGUGAAAUUGCAGCUUCCUAUUCUCAAUUAGUUAAAAAUGGUGUCUCAGUUGCUACACCAAACAAAAAAGGGUUUUCAAGUGAUUUAGCUUCAUGGAAGGAAUUAUUCAACAAUGCUCAAGGUGAAAAUGCUGGUUUAGUUUAUCAUGAAGCCACAGUUGGUGCUGGUUUACCAAUCAUUGGUACCAUUAACGAUUUAGUUCAAACUGGUGAUGAAGUUGAAAAAAUUGAAGGUAUCUUUUCAGGUACUUUAUCUUAUAUUUUCAACGAAUAUUCCACAGCUGAACCAAAAGAUGUUAAAUUUUCAGAAAUUGUUAAAGUUGCCAAAGAAUUGGGUUAUACCGAACCAGAUCCAAGAGAUGAUUUGAACGGGUUAGAUGUUGCAAGAAAAGUUACCAUUGUCGCUAGAUUAUCAGGUUCUGAAGUUGAAUCACCAACUUCUUUCCCAGUUCAAUCAUUAAUUCCAAAAGAUUUAGAAUCUGUCAAAUCAGCUGCUGAAUUUUUAGAAAAAUUACCAAAUUAUGACCAUGAAUUACAAUCUUUGAAAGACGAAGCUGCCAAAGAAAACAAGGUUUUAAGAUUUGUUGGUAAAGUGGACAUUCCAAACAAAAUUGUUUCAGUUGGUGUUGAAAAAUAUGAUUACUCACAUCCUUUUGCUGCUUUGAAAGGUUCUGAUAAUGUCAUUUCAAUUAAAACUAAACGUUAUCAAAAUCCAUUGAUUGUCCAAGGUGCUGGUGCUGGUGCAGAUGUUACUGCUGCUGGUGUUUUAGCUGAUACAAUUAAAAUUGCUCAAAGAAUCGCUAAAUGA